AUGUCUGUCUCUGAAUUUGCUGAUUUUAUUCAAAUCCUGCAGGAAAUGAAGGAUUACAUACAGGAAGUUACUUAUGACCAAAUGUCCUCUGCAGCAGCAGUGCAUGAAGCAAAGGUAAAGGCCACCUUAAAUGUGAGCUUAGCUUUGUCUUCCUUUCUGCAAGCUUUACGGGAGAGAGAGAAGAGAGAUAUCGAACUGUUAUUACUCUCAAUUGCAGCCAAUGCAGGAUACCGGGUGGACAAUUGCACUUUUCAGUAUCUCCUCGGGUGCCCAGAAAUUAACUUCAUGUUAAAAGAAAUGCAAACGGCACACGAGGAAUAUUUGAGUCACAGGGAUCAAAAUGUUUCCAGAGCUCAGGCUUUCCUGCUGUUGACAGGUCUGACAGUGACAGCUGAAUUCAAAGAUGUAACUCCGGAGGAGAAGAAUAAACGUUUAACUUUUAUGAAACAUCACAUGGGAAAAUUACUCUCUGCUGAAAUAGCAAAUGUUCUCAGAAAGCACAGUGAACGGAAUGAUUGGGACAUACUGGAAAAAGACUUAAAUUGCCUUUUAAAUGGGGAUUUUGAAGCCGCAAAGGAUAAUUUGCAGAAACGGGAUAUAAUAAAAGAACUAGAAGACAUCUGUCAAAGAGCAAAACCAUCAAAAUUAGAACCGAAAGAGCAAUCUACUGAUGCUGAAAUAUAUGAACCUAUUGAAAACCAAGAGUUCCUUAAUUUACUGAAGCGACUUGGACUUGAAAAGUACUAUCCAAGGAAAAUGGGGACAGACAGUUUCCAUAUAAUUUACAAGACUUCUUUACAUGACAGCCAGCCCAGCACCGAGGAUAAGCUGCCAUUUUAUUUUUUGCAAAAGCUGUUAAUGGUGGACUAUCGGGUCAGGUAUUUGGUUUAUAAGGAUGACGGUAAAACAAAACAAGAUAUAACAAGGGCAUUGAACAUGAACACCACAGACAAAGAGAGUGAAUUCUCAGAUACAUUUGAUGACUUUUUUGAUGAUUUUAGUGAGGGAGCCAAUGAAUCUGCUACACAUCAGGGACACAUACACCCAAUGGAUAUCCAGAUGGCAAUUUUUCAUUGUGCAGAUGAUUUCAUGAGACAAUAUGUUGCAACAAAGCUGGCUUUCUGUCAGUUUGCACUCCCACUUCUGGUGCCAAAUCCUUGUACUUCACAAAUAGAAUUCCCUCUUUGGACCCUUAACCAAGUUAAAAAGAGCUGGAAAAGUACUGAGAAAUCAGGAGUUGAGAGUACCAUUCAAAAUUAUAAAAACAAACUGAUUUAUCAAGCAGAUACACCUGUGGUGUCCUUCACACAGAUUGGCAAUUCACCUCAUUGCUCUAAGUCUCAGAUCCUGAAUGCUCUGCUGAGUAAGCACAAACAUGACAUUUUUUUCCACCGUCACUGUAGAGGCAGCAGCAAAGAUUGUGUCCUGAUGAACGGGGUUGUGGAAAUCUCCUGGUACUGUCGAGGAGGAAAGGAUGAUGACAGAUUUAAC